AGCACUCCGGCCCUGGUUGGAAUAUGCCUUGGAGCGUCGGUAUUCCUUGUGUCGAUGUUGGCGGUGAGCUGCUUGUGCUACAGGCGGAGGGCUUACCACUACAAGCCCUAUACGAGGAAGUUUCCGGAGCGACCAAUGAACUUUCGGAAACCAACGGCGGUGAAAAGUCCUGGUACACAGAGUCAUUACCUGCGCAAGAGUCCCAGUCCCAGCUCCGGAUUCAGGACUCCUCCCGGUGGAAAAUCCAAGACGCCGUCGCCGCCGGGAAAUCAAUCGAUGCCCGUACCGCAUUUGCUGCCGUCGUCGACGCCGAAAGCUGUCACACCGCCCGAGGCUGGCGGCUCGUUCCCGACCUGCCCCUCGACGAAGAAACGCCCAUCGUUGAGUCCGCAGACUGAGAUUCAGGAGAUCGUUAAGUUCCAGACCGAACAGGAACGUCAGAACCAAAUAACUUCGAAGACCCUCGGUCAUCUGUACUUCCGCAUCCGGUAUAUGGAGGAGAAAAUGGCCCUCCUAGUGACGAUCGUCAAAUGCAGGGGCCUGCCAGCGAGAGACACGACAAUGGGCAACAACGACCCAUACGUCAAACUGCAGCUGCUGCCGGACAAGGAUCAUAAGGUGAAGACCCGGGUACUGCGGAAAACCCAAAAUCCGGAGUAUGACGAAGACUUCACCUUCUACGGCAUCACUACAAAACAGCUGAAGAGAUCGCGGGCUCUUGGGCCAGAACCGUUCCUUAAUACACGUUUUCUUUUGUCCUGCAGGUAUAUGGAGGAGAAAAUGGCCCUCCUAGUGACGAUCGUCAAAUGCAGGGGCCUGCCAGCGAGAGACACGACAAUGGGCAACAACGACCCAUACGUCAAACUGCAGCUGCUGCCGGACAAGGAUCAUAAGGUGAAGACCCGGGUACUGCGGAAAACCCAAAAUCCGGAGUAUGACGAAGACUUCACCUUCUACGGCAUCACUCCAAAACAGCUGAAGGAAAUGUCGCUGCAUUUCGUCAUUUUGAGUUUCGACCGCUAUUCGAGGGACGACGUGAUCGGCGAAGUAAUUUAUCCAAUGUCAUCGACGGAACUCGAGGGUGUGAAUAUGGAACAGCCGGUUCCCAUCAUGAAGGAAAUCGCUCCCAGAAGCUUGAAGAUCCGAUCCCAGGGACGCGGUGAACUACUGGUUUCGUUGUGUCAUCAGCCGGCGGCUAACCGCCUUACUGUUGUCAUUCUGAAAGCUCGUAGCUUGCCGAAGAUGGUGUUGUCCGAGGGAUCUGGGCAGCAACAGAGUUUUGGGGCGGAAAAGAUCAUUUGGUUUUAUAAUGAAGCCGUUUGUGAUAUGGAUAAGGAUAAGAGUUCAUGUCGCUGUCGAGGCGUCUCGGGACGCAGAGAGAAUAUUGGACCUAAUAUUACUUUGUUGCAAAGUAAUCAAUUCAUGAAGGAUUGCAUGAAAGUUCUCGCCUUGGGAUACUUCCCAAGUUUUGUCAAAUUUAUCACACUGAUAACAAUGGAUAUAACCGGCCUUUCAGAUCCGUACGUGAAGAUUUACUUGCUGUACAAAAAUCAGCGUAUCGCGAAGAAGAAAACCCACGUGAAAAAGCGGACAUUGAAUCCGGUCUUCAACGAGUCGUUCGUCUUCGAUCUCCCUAAUCCAUCUGCUUUGAAAGAAGCGUUUGGUAUUCCAGCUUCUGACGCGAAUGCUGAUCAGCUUAUGACCAUCUGCUUGGAUGACAUUUCGCUCGAAUUUCUUCUUCUGGAUUGGGAUAGGGUCACCAAGAACGAAGUGCGUUUCCCGUUUUUCCUCUUCAUUUAUAUUUUUAUGCUUCUGACUUUUUUAUUCGUCAAAAAAAUUCAAGAAUUGCGUUUGCAACAUGCAAGUCAAGUUUAUUAUCCUCAAAAGGUUCAAAUUGAAGAAAUAAAAUCGGACGAAACUCAUCUCCUUCCUUUCACCAAUCCGUACGUGAAGAUUUACUUGCUGUACAAAAAUCAGCGUAUCGCGAAGAAGAAAACCCACGUGAAAAAGCGGACAUUGAAUCCGGUCUUCAACGAGUCGUUCGCCUUCGAUCUCCCUAAUCCAUCUGCUUUGAAAGAAGCGUUUGGUAUUCCAGCUUCUGACGCGAAUGCUGAUCAGCUUAUGACCAUCUGCUUGGAUGACAUUUCGCUCGAAUUUCUUCUUCUGGAUUGGGAUAGGGUCACCAAGAACGAAGUUAUUGGACGUCUCGAACUUGGAGGUCCAAAAUGCAGUGGAUCAGCUUUGCAUCACUGGAAAGAAGUGUGCAACUCUCCUCGCAGGCAAAUUGCGGAAUGGCAUAAGCUGCGCGAGUAAACGCUCGAACUUCAACGCGCAAUAACCGAAAAUGUCGGCAACUAGAUGAAAACGGAAAAAUGCUUACCUCUCGGGCUGCAGAAGUCUCCCAAUUCUAUCAUGACCUCGAUGUUCAGAAACCACAAAAAUGUGAAUGAACGGUUUUUGAGUAGCAUCCGGUAACGUAGGCAACCAUUCAACCCGAGGUGUGCCAGAGUGACUUCGUAGUUACCUUUUAUUGUUCCCUGUCUCUGGAACUCUCGAGAGGACGCUGAGAGCCUAUUUUGGAUGUAAAUCCUAGUUUCUUGAAAAUCUUUGGAUUACCUUCCGACGUCGAGAAAUGUCUACGUGAUCAACCCAGGCAGGUUUCAGUUUUGUUUCAUUUUGAAAAAUGUUCUUCAUUCCGACUAAUCACAUGGAUUGAUGCGAUACUCAGUCAACGUUUAGUUAUACCAAAAAUUAGCGAAGAAAAAAAAGUUAGGUGUGUAAGCCUUGCAACGGAUCUAGUCGCGACCAGAGAUUUUGCGAGCUAUGUUUUUCUGGGGAUUGGAAAUAGCCUCAUUUGAUGCAAUUGAAAGAAUGCGGUGUGCGGGAAUUAUUGCGGGAUGCGAGAAAGCGUAUAUUUUGUGUAAAUAGGUUCAAGAUGGUGCUUUAAGUUUUAUUGCGACGGAGCUUGUAGGGAUUCAUUGGGAUUUAAAAAGUCUGAAAGCGACUUCCCCAAUUCCGGAUUGCAGCGUUUGACUGCUGAACUCGACGACUGUGUGAUCUAUGAUCUGAUUUGUAUCGAGGAGUAAGGUAAUUUCCCCGAGACGUUAAUCAUUCUACCUGUUCGUGCUUCUUCGAAAAGAGCACGUGUUUUGUUUCAUAUUAUUAUUGAUUUAUGUAAUGACACAGUAGCUUUGGUACCGUCCUAGUCAGAUUAUCUUAUCAAAUAUCGAACUGGGAGGAAUUCAAAGGAUCUCAUCUUAAGUAUUGGUUUCAGUAUCUAGAAGAUCUCACAUUUUAUUUAGGAUCUUGUGUUGAAUUGAAAAAACAGUUAUCCGCUUGCCGUUAUGUACUGUAUUACGUUUUCAAUGCCUGUAUGUAUUCCCGUCUUUGUGGAGCGAUGCUGGAAACUUCAUAAUCCAAGCAGAUAUUGAUUUCCUUCUCUUCUUGGAACUUCAUGGAAGUUUUCUUCUGAUUUUUUUUUUUGGAGGUUUGAUGUGUUGAACAGUAUUUAUUUCUUGGGUACCCGAACUGUUCACUCGAAAGUGUGGAUAUCAUGUGGGUCUAGAACAGUAAUUUUCUCUGGUCGAACCGUUUCGGAUUCGAACCCCAGCUCGAAAGCGUCAUGAUCGUUUCUAUCCUUGAAAAGUAAAAUGUGCUUUAAGAUCCUGUACGCAAGUUGACGCGGGAAGAUUCAUUGCGAUAUUCCAUGAUGAACUCAUGAGUAAUUCGUAGUUCUGGAAUGGUUCCCUCGUUGGCCAUUCGUGGUACACUAUUGAAGUGUAGUCAGUGAACUCUCCCCUGUACGAAUCUUUGCCCCGUCUGCAGAAGAAAUUUCUUGGUGUCGCAUUCCCCUAUUUUGCGUGUGCGACUCGGGUGUCGGGAGAUUGAAGUUUCCAUAUCCCCGCAUAGGUGUCCCAGUAUUAUAUGGAUGUUUAGAGACACUCGGUGUUAUUGAAAAAUAUCCCGUUUGAGAAACCGUAAGAAUAGGCCGUCGCUUACGUCGUAUCCCCGAAAAGGGAGCAGUAUUGACUGAAUAGGAUAGGGUCGUUGUGCCAGAAAUCCGAAGUACAGUACUUAGUUCCGAUGCGUUCCUAGAAUAUAGGAAUGACGCGCUGGUGAAAUGUUCUCUUGAAGCAAAGACAAGUCUGUUUGAUCUCGAACAAGCCGUUGUUACCGAGUUUCGGUCCCUGCUGCAAGAUCGCGAGUGCUCUGAAACGAAUGAUGGACCCCACGAAAGUCGCUGUCAUGUGCAGAAAUAAACACUUCAUUCUCUGGCCAAA